UUGUCUUCUUCAUAUGUUUUCCUGCAGGUACGAAAGGAUCAUGAGGCUCCAAUCUACGUCAUCAACCUUCUUAUUUCUGACCUCAUUCAGCUCUGCUGCAUGAUCAUUCUGGAGACAAAACUGGAUCAGACCAUUGUAUAUUUUAUCCACUCUUGUGGUCUAUGGAUCAGUGUUGGCUUCAUGGUGUGUGUCUCACUGGAAAGGUAUUUGAUCAUCGCCCACCCACUGUGGUACCGCUUCAAACGGACCAUCAAGAACUCUGUGGUGGUCAGUGUUGUGGUCUGGCUCAUACCUCCUGUCUUUUACCUAACUGUGUUUCCCUGGUUUACUUUUGAUGUGGCAGGAAGCAUCUUCGCCAUUUUCCUAAUCCUUCCCUUCCUACUGUUCAUAUUCUUCCUGGUUGGGACCCUCAGAGCCCUCUCUGCUUCCGUCUCCGUCCCCUCUGAAGAAAAACAACGAGUUGUUGGAAUUUUGGUCCUGGUGCUGCUCAUUUACACACUGCUGUUCCUGCCCGGCACGCUCUGGCUCAUUGUAAGGAUAAACAAGCCUUACAUUACUCUGACUGAUCUAUCUAACAUUUUUGUUAAGCUGAGUCCUCUUGCAGACUUAAUUCUGUAUGUUUUCUAUAGAAAAGCGUCAAUUAGUAAGCUUUUUACCACUGUGAACUGUUGCAGAGUUGCCGACACUGACACCAACAUAUCAACAGUAUGAAUGUUGACAACAUUUUGACAGUAAGCUCGAUGGAGGAAGAGAGAAUGAGGAGAAAACAGACCAAAAUGUACGCUCCCUUUAGAACAAAUGUAUUUCUCACAAAACUUUAUUUGUUUAGCUAUGUUGUUAUUCUUGACAGUUAAAUACACUUUAUACUCUUCUUAACUUUCUAAUCUUCUGAUCAAUAAAAGCUUUACCUGUACAAUGAAGUGGUUAGCAUGUCAGCUUUUAGGAUGUGAGAGAAGGUCCUAUGUAUUGUAAAUUUGACAAAAUGAAAUAUUAUAUCACAGUCUUGCUCAUUACAUUUUAAUAAUACUA